AUGGCGUUAGCCCUAUUAUCAACACCUGAACAACUUAAAAGUGACAAGAAAAGUAGCAAUUUAGUACUUAAUCAAUUGUUACAACUUGUCAUGGAUGCUGCUAAAAGUGUACGACAUCGAAGUAAUGGUUUCCAUGUUAGUGAGUCACUAGCUGUCAUGGCGAAAUUGUUUGUUGUCAAAGAAUGUAUACUUGACUAUAUUUUAUGUCAUGCUGAAACAGAACCAUCAUCGGAUACAAUUUCAACUAUUCGCCUACGUAUUACUUUACUUAUCAAAUUUCGUGAUGCAUCAAAAGGAACUGGACGAGUCGAACAAUUUACAUUGAUUGCUCUAUUAAAUAUUCUUUGGAGUAUAUCAUUUCAACCGACUUAUGCGCAAGAAUUAAUCAACAAUGAAGAAUUAAUUGAAACAUUAAGAAAAUAUAUCGAAAAUAAUAAUGAAGAAGAAAUUCUCGAACAAUAUAAACCACGUUCAAUGGAAGGUAUUAAACAAGCAGUUCAUGGUAUUCUUCAUAAUCUCAAUUUGGAUAAUAAGAACGAAUCAAAACCUUAUGAUCAUUGCCAUGUUCUCGAUACUCUCGUAUCAGAUCCAUUACCCUGUAGCAAUUCCAAGCCCUUGAUAAUGAUUAGUUAUUCUCAUGAUAACAAUACAUUUUGCAGUCAAAUACUUGAUUUAUUAGGUACACGUCUUGAUGUUUUUGAAAUCUGGAUCGAUCGAACACAUUGUCAAAUGAGUACCGAUUUAUGGGAGUCGAUUGCUGAAGGAAUGGAAAAUGCAUGUGUUAUUUUAUGUCUUAUAUCAAGUCAAUAUUUUGAAAGUAAAUCAUGUCGAAAAGAAUUUAUUUAUGCAAUUGAUUUUCUUAAAAAAAUUAUUGCGUCUGUAUUACUCGGAAAUUUUGAACCGAGAGGAUGGCUUGGUAUUCGCAUGACUGGUAUGAAAUAUAUUUGUAUCCGAGAUCUUGUUCGACCUGAUGAAGCUAAAAUGACUGACAUAUUGAAUACAAUUCUAUCAUCACUCUCAUCCCAAACAUCAUUGCUUCGUGAGAAGAUUUCACUCGUAGAUCACUCUAGACUAUUAUCUCAACAUCAUUCAACGUCAACAUCUAUCGCUCCUAUUACGGAAUCAACUUUUGAUCUUCGUCCAUUUGAACAAUGGACAUCAACUGGUAAUGAUAUAAAUUUAUGGUUUGCAUACAAUCGGAUAUCAACACAAAUUCGAGAUUUAUUUGAUUUUCAAACGAAAGAAGAAAUGCUUGAUUAUGCUAAAUUGUUAAUUAAAGAUCGUGAAAAACAGAUGAAUAUUUACGCAAAAAUUUAUCAUAAAAAAUAUCGUGAAGAUGACAUGUCUCCACACGAAUUUAUUCGUUUUGCAAAAGCUUUAGAAGGAUUAUAUAAAGAUAAUUCUGCACUGCCGUCUGCCACCACACAAAGUUCAUCUACUCUCAUCAAAUCGAAUGUAUGUGCGAUUUUGUGA